UGGUGGAGGCUGCGUGAAGAGUGGCUCGGCGUGACUGAGCUGCGUGGUGGGUCUAUGUCCUAGAGGGAUCAGGGACAGUAAAACCGUGGUGGCCACGCAGGCGGCAGCCGGCUAGAGACGCCGGCGGGGUGGAGGUGGUGGCUGCGGGAGCGCUGGGCCGGGUUCUAGCGCCCAGCACAGGUGCAAUGAGAGCCUUCCACGCUUUCUGUGUUGUCCUUUUGGUGUUUGGGAGUGUCUCUGAAGCCAAGUUUGAUGAUUUUGAGGAUGAGGAAGACAUAGCAGAGUAUGAUGAUAAUGACUUUGCUGAAUUUGAGGAUGUCACAGAAGAUUCUGUUACUGAAUCUCCUCAACGGGUGAUAACCACUGAAGAUGAUGAAGAUGAGACCACUGUGGAGUUAGAAGGGCAGGAUGAAAACCAAGAAGGAGAUUUUGAAGAUGCAGAUACCCAGGAGGGAGAUACCGAGAGUGAGCCAUAUGAUGAUGAAGAAUUUGAAGGUUAUGAAGACAAACCAGAUACUUCUUCUAGCAAAAAUAAAGACCCGAUAACAAUUGUUGAUGUUCCUGCACACCUCCAGAACAGUUGGGAGAGUUACUAUCUAGAAAUUUUGAUGGUGACCGGUCUGCUUGCCUACAUCAUGAAUUAUAUUAUUGGAAAGAAUAAAAACAGUCGCCUUGCUCAGGCCUGGUUUAACACUCAUAGAGAACUUUUGGAGAGCAACUUUGCCUUAGUAGGGGAUGAUGGAACUAACAAAGAAGCCACAAGCACAGGCAAGCUAAACCAGGAGAAUGAGCAUAUCUACAACCUGUGGUGUUCUGGUCGAGUGUGCUGUGAGGGAAUGCUCAUCCAGCUGAGGUUCCUCAAGAGACAAGACUUGCUGAAUGUCCUGGCUCGGAUGAUGAGGCCAAUGAGUGAUCAAGUGCAAAUAAAAGUAACCAUGAAUGAUGAAGACAUGGAUACCUAUGUGUUUGCCGUUGGCACUCGGAAAGCCUUGGUGCGACUACAGAAAGAGAUGCAGGAUCUGAGUGAGUUUUGUAGUGACAAACCUAAGUCUGGAGCAAAGUAUGGACUGCCAGACUCCUUGGCCAUCCUGUCAGAGAUGGGAGAAGUCACAGAGGGAAUGAUGGAUACAAAGAUGGUUCACUUUCUUACACACUAUGCUGACAAGAUUGAAUCUGUUCAUUUUUCAGACCAGUUCUCUGGUCCAAAAAUUAUGCAAGAGGAAGGUCAGCCUUUAAAACUGCCUGACACUAAGAGGACACUAUUGUUUACAUUUAAUGUGCCUGGCUCAGGUAACACUUACCCAAAGGAUAUGGAGGCUUUGCUACCCCUGAUGAACAUGGUGAUUUAUUCUAUUGAUAAAGCCAAAAAGUUCCGACUCAACAGAGAAGGCAAACAAAAAGCAGAUAAGAACCGAGCUCGAGUAGAAGAGAACUUCUUGAAGCUGACGCAUGUGCAAAGACAGGAAGCUGCACAGUCUCGGCGUGAGGAAAAGAAAAGAGCAGAGAAGGAGCGAAUCAUGAAUGAGGAAGAUCCUGAGAAACAGCGCAGGCUGGAGGAAGCUGCUUUGAGGCGUGAGCAAAAGAAAUUGGAGAAGAAGCAAAUGAAAAUGAAGCAAAUCAAAGUGAAAGCCAUGUAAAGUCAUCCCAGAAAUCUGAGUCCUGAUGCCACCUGUAAGCUCUGAAUUCACAGGAAACAUAAAAAAUAUGAGUCCAUUUCUCAUCUUAAAGUUCAAACACUCCCAGUGACUGAGAAAUUCUUAUUUUAUCAUUUGUUCUGUUUUUGGCUUGGAGUCUUACAGAGGUUAUAGAUACAUUAGAAGGACUCUGUUUCAGUAAUUUUCUUCCAGAUAAUCAAUUAUUUUGAUUAUUUUAUAAAAGAAAUGAUAUAUGAAAUCUGUGUAAUUUAAAAUAUUUUUAAAAUUAUAACACAAAUCAUCAGUGCUUUGAUGUUUGAAGAAAUAUCGUGAAAUUUAUAGAUCUAUAGAUUGUUGCUUUUUGUUUAAACUAGGCAGUUGAAAUGGCUAUGAAGACUGACUCUAAACCAAGAUUCCACAAAUAACUAUUGGAAUUGCACAAUAAACAUUGCUUGGUGUUUUCUUCUGUCUCUACAUUAAACUUGUAAAAAA